AUAACGUUCACACUUCUACUUCCGUAUUUCCUGGUAUUUCCGUAUCAGUAAAAAAAGCACAGUCCUCAAAAUCAAAUCCAAUAAUUCUAAUACAAAAUAACCGAAACAAAGCCGCGCCGUCCGGUUCGGUAAUUGGGUUUGGUUUCAAAUAUUUGAGUAUUAAACUGUAAUUCAGUUCCGCAUUGUUGAUUUAUGAAUAUUAUUGAUUGAUUUUCUGUUUUUAUAUUAAGAAUGACUAUAAACGUGUAACCAUGACAGUGAGAAUAACUACUUUUAAGGUGUUAAUAAAGUAUUCCAUAGAAGAUAUAAGUGUUCAAUAUAAAAGGCGUUAAAUCGUUAAUGUCAAACUGCAUUGUAUGACUCAAUAUCGAGAAUAAACAAUGGGCAAGUGGUGGCUGGUAAUCGUAGUGUUCCUUUAUUAUUUUACUUUGGUAAAAGCAGAGCGCGGUGAUUAUAUCGGGUGUUAUAGGUUCAACGUUAACGAUGCAUUGAACACCCACAGCGGUCAGUCGGCAGACGUUUGUUUGGAAGUGUGCGAAGAAUUAUAUUACAAAUAUUCUCUGUUGGGUAAUGAUUCGACAUGUUUCUGUGGCAAUACGCCUGGGCAGUUCGAACUACCAUCAGAUUCAUGUGAUAUCCCAUGCCCGAAAAAUUCUACGCAAAAGUGCGGUGGCGCUGAUGCCGCCAGUGUCUACGACACCGAUGUCACAGCGCCGGGUCCGCCGUCCUCUUUCAACAUGGUAAAUGUAACAGAGACAACCCUACGUGUCAGUUGGACCCCACCCCAGGCUUACUCAAAAAUCACAGGCUACAUUAUCCGUGCAAUAAUUAUAGAAACAUUUGCAGAUUUUAACUUGAUACCUUUAGAAUGGAGAGUUAGUAAUACUACUUUGAAUUCUGAAUUAUUAAAUUUGCAGCCGGGGACAACAUAUAAUAUAAGUAUUGCCGCAAUGAACUAUGAAGAUGAAGGUCCAAAUGUAACUAUUAAGGUUGAAACAGUAAUCGGAACACCAAACCCAAGUCCACCAGAUAUUAUUAUUAAAGAUAGGCGUGGCGACAGAAUGGUGGUACAAAUACCUGAAGCAAGGAAUGUCAAUGGACCAGUUUCUAUGUACAGAAUAGUAGUGUCUAUAGAGUUGUAUCAACAAGGUUUUAUUGUUGAAAAUCUUGGAAAUUAUACAUAUGCCAAUGAACAAGGAUAUCCAUAUUACAUAACGGCAGAAUUAGAUACAGAUGAUAUUAAAAAUGACUUUAUAAUAGGGGAUCGGAGUACUUAUAAUGGCUUUUAUAAUGCCCCUCUGCCUCUAACAAAUGAUAUUGAGGUGUCACUAGGUGUGGUUAGUGAGAAAAAUCAUGUAAGAAAAGUAAGAUAUGCGGAAUCUACUAAAAAGAUUAUACUGAACAUAAAUGAACCUGAAGAAUUUUCCCCGUUGGUAGUAGCGCUUGGUGCAGCAAUUGCUAUUGGUGUUGUGUUAAUACUGAUUGGUAUAGGUCUACUUAUAAUUCUACGUAAGAAAAUACAAAUGGCUAGAAUGCAAAGAGGCUCUCAAUCGAUGCCAUUGAGUCUAAGCGAACCUUGUAUAGAGAUUGAAAACUCAGGUUUUUUACAUGAUGAAGAUGAAAGACUGGAUUAUUAUGGUAACUUGAAACGCAAACUAUGGAAUAUACCAAGAAAUCUCAUUGAUAUUAAUAUCUCUUGUGUUUUUGGAGUUGGUAGUUAUGGGAAAUUUACAAAAGGUAGUGUUCAACAACACGGAGCACUUACUCCUAGUCUAGUCCAGGUUAUACCAGAUAGAGAACUGGAAAAGACAGAUAAGCGUCUUAUGUUGCAGGAAUUAGAUGUUUUAAUAAAAUCCAGUGAACAUCAAAAUGUAAUAUCACUUCUCGGAAUUUGUGAAACGAAUACAACUUUAUUUGUUGUCUUGCAAGAUUAUAAGCAAACAUUUAAGGAAAUGCUUUUACAAUGUCGUCAGAGAGAUCUGCAGAAUAACAAAUUUUGCCUUAUAACUGAGAACAAAGUUAUACAAAUGUGCGUUGAUGUGGCCUCUGGUAUGGAGUAUCUGCACUCAAAGAAAAUUUAUCAUAAAAAAUUGAGUUGCAGAAAUAUUAUUAUAAGCAACAGUGGAGUAGCAAAAGUUGCCGGUUUUGGACUGUCCCAUAUUCGUCCACUUCAUGAAACGCCUGAUUAUACAAGAUGGAUGUCACAUGAAAUGUUACGACAGACGAGGUUUAACCCGAAAGCUGAUAUCUGGUCAUUUGGCUGUUUAAUGUGGGAAGCGUUAACUAUAGGCGCAACACCUUAUCCUAAUACUGUGAAUAAGGAUGUUGCGUCAAGAGUGUUACGCGGUAUGCGUCCAUCUCAACCGUCAUAUGUUAGCGAUGAACUCUUCCAGCUGUGUUUACAAUGUUGGCAGGUAGAUCCUGAUGAAAGACCAGCGUUCACAUCACUACUUAACGAACUCACUUCGUUUACUGAAGGACCAGGAACGAGUAGUCUCAGUUUUACUCAUUAUAAUGGAUUUGAAUAUGAACCACAUGUGCCACAAUAUGAAAUUGUUUAAAUUGUAAUUAGCCUAACCAAGAAUUCAAAAAUCCUGAUCGGAAUGUACUUUGUCUUUUUUUAUCACUUUCUGAUGUGGGCAUUGAAUAUGUUGAGGGUUUUUUAUUCCUGGUCAGGGUAUAACUUGCACAAAAUUAUGAUAUUAACUAUACACCAAAAAGUCUGUUAAUUUUUUUUUUUGAUAACUUGUGAGAUCUGUUUAUAAAUGUAAUUUGACUCAAUUGUAAUCUUUGACUUAGUUUUAAUGAUUUAAGAAUAUGUAUAAUAUUUAAUAGCAAUUAUUUAGUUCUGUAUACUUUUAUGUUUGACAAAACUCAUACACAAAAAGGUAUUGUUGCAUUUGUUUUUUAAAAUGUACUUAUACAUUUUGAAAAUAAUGAAAAAUAAUCGAAAUGUGUACUUGUGUUUGUGUGGACACAGGAAAUGCAACAAACCCACAUAAAAUACUAUAAAAGACUAAUAUGCAGCAAAUAUAGUUAUUAAUCUAUAUAAAGUACU